AUGUUCGCUCUUUCCUUCGUUGUUUCCGUCGCGCUUGUCCCUUUUGUUGCUGCUCAGGCGUCCGUAGAUAUUCAAGCCAUCGAAGCUCACUUCACUCAGUCCCAUGUCGUCCCUGACUUGCUUGCCUCUUUCAACCCUUCUGCACUUCUGUCGCUGAACUUUGCUGGUGUUGGCAACGUCCAGCCUGGUCAAAAAUUCACUAAGGACCAGGUCGGGACUGCUCCUACCGUCACCGUUACACCUGCAAAUUCUUCGGUUGUACUGAAUGGCACCUACACGAUUGCCAUGGUCGAUGCUGACAUUGUGGGGACUGAUUUGGCCGAUGGAGAGAACCGGCACUGGCUUGUGAACGGUGCAACCAUCUCCAACUCAGUUGUGACGACCACCUCUGGUACUGCCAUCACCGCCUACGCCGGACCUGGACCAGCUGCUGGUAGUGGCCCUCAUCGCUACGUGGUUCUUCUAUACGCGCAACCCUCUACCUUCGCUGCACCUGCUGCCUUCGCUAACCCCGGCCUUGGAGUUUCUAAGAUGGAUUUUAAUGCAUACGUAAAGGACAGUGGCUUGGGUCCUCUGGUUGGUGGUACUUACAUCACGGUCGAGGAGGGCACCGCAACUGUUUCUGUUCCCGCUACAUCCGCUGUUGUAACUUCCACCUUGUCUGUAGCAUCCAGCACCAAAUCGGAUACUUCUGCAUCCAGCUCUGGAUCUCAAAGUAGCACACCGACUGGAACCUCAAACAACACAAACGGAGCGGGCAGCAUUCACUACCAACUUUCUGGGCUUGCAGCUGUUUCUUCCUUUUUCCUUGCGGCCCUCUUCUUUAACCGAACAAAAAAAUCAAAAGUGUUGACGGGUGAAUCUCUUCGCAUGCAUGUCUAUGCAAAUACACUCAGGCAGGAGAAACAGCAAGGUGGCAUUACAAAAAAACAGUUCCGCCCGUUGCUUGUUAAUGCGCACGUCACUAAGUUCCACGGUCCAGCAUAA